UUUAUUUUAACCAAGCAAAAAUGAUUAAAGGGCAAAAUGUUUUAAUUAUUUGUGAUCGGGGAGCUUUAGAUCCUUCUGCUUAUAUGGAGAAAGUAAUGUGGAUAAAACUUUUGAAAGAAAUUGGGAAGGAUGUUUUUGAUCUCCGAGACAAUAGAUAUAAUCAAAUUGUGCAUGUUGUCACAGCUGCAGAUGGGGCAGAACAAUACUACACUUGUCUGAACAAUAAAGCACGGACUGAAAGCAUGGAGGAAGCAAUUUUAGUUGAUCGAAAAACUAGAGAAGCUUGGAUCGGACAUCAAUGUCUUUCAAUUGUCGAUAAUUCUGAUUGUCAAAAUUUUAAUGACAAAAUAAUGAAAUUAAUUCGUGUUGUGUCAGAAAGAAUUGGAAUUUCUUUUGAUCGUUUAGCCAAACACAGCAAAAAAAGAAAAUGGUUAAUUUCAAAAAUUGACGAAAAUAAAUUUUUGGCAAAUAAUUAUGAAGAAUUUGACGUUGUUCACGUUUAUCUACAAAGUAUGAGCAACAAUCAAGUGCGUAUCCGUUCACGUUGUCAGAACAAUCGAACAACUUAUUCAUUAACAACAAGGCGUUAUUUUGGGCCUGAUGGGAUUAAAUUACCUGAGCCAGUCGAAACAAGGAAACAAUUGUCUCGUCGUGAAUAUGAUUAUUAUUUGGAAAUGAGGGAUAAAAGUAGAGCUGUUGUAUAUAAAAAGAGAAGAUGUUUUACAUAUGGAAAUGUUUAUUUUCAUUUGGAUAUUUAUGUCCACCCUUUGCCCCCAGCUUGUAUUGGCUCUCCAAUAAUUUUGGAAACUUACACAACUAAUCCAAUUGGUGAUCCAACACCUUCACUGCCAAAUUUUUUGGAGGUUGUUCGUGAAGUUACUGGCGAGCCUGGAUAUAGCAUGUUUAACAUGACCUCUUCAACUCCACCAACUACUAACAAUAUAUCAUAA